UCCUCUCUGAUAGCCCUGGGCUCUGUGGAGAAGCAAUAUACAUAUCAGAGAACAAGUCGAAGCUUAUUAUCAGUGGCUCAAUAUCAACCACGGGUUUGCCAGGCUACAGAGGCCCCUGAAACUGAUGUGAGAGUUGCCUCAACUGAAAUGCUGGGAGACUUUCUUUUGACUCUGUAAUGGGCAGCUGGGAACUAGUUCUCACUUGGGAGUUCUCCACUGGAUUUUUGCUCUUUUAUUCAGCUGAGAUACCUUCAUAUCUCACAGCUGAAUGAUCUGUCUGCUGUCCACUACUGAAGAUCUGCACAGCUUGUGGAACAAUCGCAUCACGUAUCGGACAUUAAUACGGCCCAGUCUUCACUACAAUAAGUACUGUUUAGUACACUAGCUCAGUCCUUAGGUGGACUGUGGAACAUCUGUGAACCUGCCAUGGGAAAAACAGGGGAUAGCACUGUGCAGCUCAACUCACCAUCAGAGCUCAAGCAGGCUAUUCCAUUUGAGGAAGUGAACCACAGUCUGACUUCUGCUCUGAAUGAGAGCAAGCAGAGCCUUCCCGAUCGAGGCACCUGGAAGGGCAAGUUUGACUUCCUGCUGUCCUGCAUAGGAUAUGCCAUUGGCCUGGGAAACGUAUGGAGAUUCCCAUAUCUCUGUGGGAAAAAUGGAGGCGGAGCAUUUCUUAUUCCUUACUUCACUACAUUGGUGUUUGCUGGGAUUCCUCUAUUUCUGCUGGAGACUGCACUAGGACAGUACACAUCAGUAGGAGGACUAGGGGUCUGGAAACUCAUACCCAUGAUGAAAGGUGUAGGUUUGGCUGCUGCAGUGUUGUCCUUCUGGCUCAACAUCUACUACAUCGUCAUUAUUGCCUGGGCCCUCUACUACCUGUUCAACUCCUUCAGAUCAGAGUUGCCUUGGCAGAGUUGUGAUAACCCCUGGAACACCGAUCACUGUUUCUCCAACUACAGCCUGACUGAUACCACCAACCUGACCAGCGCUGUAACUGAAUUUUGGGAGAGGAACAUGCACCAGCUGAGCAGUGGUCUGGAGGAGCCGGGUGAGUUGCGCUGGCCGCUGGCUGGGACUCUUGCUCUGGCCUGGGUACUCGUCUACUUCUCUAUUUGGAAAGGGGUUGAAUGGACUGGAAAGGUGGUCUAUUUCUCUGCCACUUAUCCGUACUUCAUGCUCUUCAUCCUGUUUUUCCGAGGCAUCACUCUCCCAGGGGCUAAAGAUGGCAUUCUCUUCUACAUCACCCCUGACUUUAACAAGCUCCAGAAAUCUGAGGUGUGGUUGGAUGCUGCCACUCAGAUCUUCUUCUCUUAUGGUCUCGGUUUGGGUUCUCUGAUUGCUCUGGGCAGCUACAAUACCUUCAAUAACAAUGUCUACAGAGAUGCCAUCAUUGUGUGCUGCAUAAACUCCUUCACCAGCAUAUUUGCUGGCUUUGUCAUCUUCUCCAUUGUAGGAUUCAUGGCCUACAUCACCAAAAAACCAAUCCAGGAAUUAGCUGCCUCAGGUCCAGGUUUGGCGUUUCUGGCAUAUCCUCAGGCUGUGACUCAGCUUCCCAUGUCCUCUCUGUGGGCCAUUCUCUUCUUCUCCAUGCUUUUGAUGCUUGGACUAGACAGUCAGUUUUGUACUGUGGAAGGUUUCAUCACAGCUUUGGUAGAUGAAUAUCCCACCAUCCUAAGGAAGAGGAAGAAAUUAUUCAUCCUGGUGGUCUGCAUUAUCUCAUUCAUCAUUGGCUUGUCCAACAUCACACAGGGUGGCCUGUACGUGUUCAAGCUAUUUGACUACUACUCAGCCAGUGGGAUGUGCCUCCUCUUCCUCGUCUUCUUUGAGACAGUCGCUAUAGCCUGGUUUUAUGGAGCAGAGAGGUUCUAUAAAAACAUUGAGGAGAUGAUCGGCUAUCGUCCAUGUGGCUGGUGGAAACUCUGCUGGCUCUAUUUCACCCCAUCAAUCUGUUUGGGGGUUUUCACCUUCAGUGCAAUAGAGAUGACCCCGCUGACCAUGGGCAAGUAUGUGUUCCCAGGCUGGGGACAGGGCAUCGGCUGGCUCAUGGCUCUUUCCUCUAUGCUCCUCAUUCCUGGAUACAUCAUUUACAUGUUCUUCAACAUCAAGGGAAGCAUUCAUCAGGCAAGGCUGCUUUAUCAUCUGAUUGACAUUAUAACAUUAAUAUAUUUGCACAAGGUGUUGACAUGCUAAUGCUAAGCACUCAGAAAUGCUGUCUCUCCUCUACAGCGCUGGCACAAAAUGACAAAGCCCAGUGAAGAAACCAAGCCAACAGAGAACCACCAUUUAACACAGCAACAUUACCAAGCGGGAAUAAUGGGAGAAGCGUCUGUCUAAUAUCACCUGGAAACUGAGGGCACUACAGGAAGGCACUCUGGCCACAGCACUGAUAUUUAUUCUUUCUGUUUAGCUCAAUCAGUAAAUGAAUAUAAGAGCAUAAUAUAAAGAAUGUAUAAAAGUCUCACCCAAACUACAUGCUCAUGCCUUUUUCAGUAUGCAGUUGACUUGAGCAUCUUGCAGAAAGUAUAUUGUAUGAGUACACUAAAGAAGCAGGCAAAUUGUUUUUUUUUCCUAAUAUAUUAAUUAUGUAUACUUACGUUUUGAGAAACAUAAUAUCUGCAGAUAAAUAAAUAAAUAAAUAUACUUGGACACACACAUAUACAGUAUGUAUAUAUACACAAAAUUCAUAUACAAAAUUCAUUUUUUUUUUGGUAUAUAUAAAAAAAAAAGUUGUCAGUGGAAAAAUUACUCCUAAAGAUGGAUUUCAUAGCUAUAUUGCCUAAAUGUUUAUUAUACAGUAUAUAGUUUAUAGUUAAAGUAUUUAUAGUCUGUCUUUACAAAUGGUUUGCACAAUAAAACACUAUACAGUACAUAUACAGUGCAUUUCUCUUAGAAAUGAGAGGAUUCUGCCUGUUUAAAACUAGAUCAUGCAUAUUUAAAAUGAGACUGUUUUUAACAGGCUUGUAUUUCAGUUUAAUAGGCAACACUUAUGUGUACUGUGAUUAUUCUAAAUUCUCAACUCCUUCAUCUUCAGUUUUUCAUUCAUCUUCAGCUAAUACCAUGUUUACGAAUAAUUUUACCCAGCGGUAGCAUAUAUAAAGAAAAACACAUUGGGCCUAAAACAGACCCUUGCGGAACACCAAACUUUACCUUAAUAUGCAUAGAGAAGUCACUGUUUUCAAUCCUCAAACUGAUAAUGAUCAGUCAAAUAAGACCUGAGCCAGGAGAGGGCUGUUCCCUUAACUCCAACAACAUUUUCCAGUCUAUCAAGGAGAACAGUAUGAUCAGUGGUGUCAAAAGCUGCACUAAGGUCAAGCAACACAAGCAAGGAGACACAGACAGUAGUAGGUCAUUUACCACUUUAACCAGCGCUGUCUCUGUGCUAUGAUGAUGCAUUUCAUGAAUGUUAUUCCGACGUAGAUAUGAGCAUAGCUGCUGUGCUACAGCGUUUUCUAGGAUCUUGGAGAUAAAGGGGAAGUUUGAUAUUGGCCUAUAGUUGGACAGCUGACAGGAGUCGAGGUUAGGUUUUUUAAUCAGGGGUUUGAUAACUGCUAGUUCAAAAGAUUUAGGGACACAGCCAGUGCUAAGGGAAGAAUUGGAUUGCUUCUGGUAUUAUCUGUUUGAAGAAACAUGUAGGUAAGGGAUCUAGUACAUAAGUUGAUUAUUUUGAUGAGGAAAUUUGUGAAAUUAGCUUGGUCUCAAAGGGGAGUAAAACAUUCUAAUCACUGAUCUGAUGUAGUUAUAUUGUUAUUUAUAGAGUUAGUUAUCCAAUUGUCUGGCUUUAAAUUUAUAUUUUGAAUUUUUUGCCUGAUAUUUUGAAUUUUGCCAUUGAAAAAAAUUCAUGAAGUCAUUGCUACUACAAAUUGAUGGUGUGCAUGUUUCUGUGUUGGUCUUAUUUCUGGUUAAUUUUGUACAGUAUUAAAUAAGAAUCUAGGAUUAUUUUUAUCAUCAUCUAUUAGGGUGGAGAGAUACGUUGAUCUAGCAGCACUAAGAGAUUUUCUAUAGCUGAGGAGACUCUCCUUCCGUGCCGUUUGAAAUACUACCAAUUUACUUCAAUGCCAUUUACAUUCUAAUUUUCGAUUGGUCUGUUUUAAGGUGCAUGUGUGAUCGUUAUACCAGAGUGCUAGUUAUUUCUCUCUAAUUAUUUUUCUUUUAAGUGAAGCUACAUUAUCUAGAGUAUUGCAGAAUGUUGACUCUGAGCAUUUAGUUGCCUGAUCAAGUUCUAUGGGGUCAGACGGUGAUCCAAUCAUAGUUGAUAACUCUGGGAGAUUAUUGAUAAACCUCUGUGCAGUAGUUGACAUGAAUGUAUGUUUGAUGGAGUAGCGUGGCAAGGUGAAUAUAUUAUGACUAAGACACAUUUUAAAUGAGAUGAGAUAAUGAUCUGAGAUAGCUUCAGACUGUGGAAAUGUGAUUAUAUUUUCUAUAUUUAAUCUGAAUGUUAGUAUUAGAUCAAGAGUGUGACCACCAUUAUGAGUGGGUCCUAUUACAUUAUGAUUAAACCCUACUGAAUCUAGAAUGGACACAACCACUGUUCACAGAGGGUCUUCCAGAUUACCAGGUUUGAGAUAAAAUCUGCAAAUUCACAAAGGAAUUCAGAAUAUUGCCCUGGGGUCUGUAAAUAAUAAUUAGUGGAAUCAACUGGGUAGACUUAUUUUUUGUGGCUAAAUACAGUAUUGUUAUGUUAGUAUAAAGAACUUCAAACACCUUGAAUUUAUGCCUAGAUUAUCAUUAUAAAUAACACCUCCUCCUCUGCCAAUUACACGGGGCUGAUGUAUAUAACUGUAUCCAGGAGGACUAGCUUCAUUUAAUACUACAUAGUCAUUUGGUUUAAUCCAUGUUUCUGUUAAACACAGUGCAUUAAACUCCCGAUCAGUAAUAGUUUCAUUAACAAUAUGCGCUUUAGAUGUAAGCGAUCUAAUAUUUAACAGUCCUAGCUUCAGAUCAAAGGUGCUGGCUGUGCAUUCAGUGAUUUAAGAAAAGAUCAGAUGAGUAGCACAAUAAAAAACAAUACUCAAGGUACAGACUCACAAUGACUUAUAAGCAAUAGCUAAAUGAAUGCAUACAUUUGAUGGUCUUGGUAUAUGUUGUUAUAGUGUACAAGAGAGUCAGUAAAUGCAAGGAUUUGAUCAUAAUACAAAAGAUUUGAUUGUACAUGGAAGGAUUUUGUAGGAUUUUGAAGUAGUAAAUCACUGUUUAAACAUGAACACAAUAUAUUGGGCCUAGAUUAGUAACACAUAC